GCCAUUGGGCCUGCUCAGUUUAUUUUCAUCCAUAAGAACUACUAUCAGAGCUAUGUCCUCCUUACUGGAGCACAGCUUUGUCAGAACUGUAGCACUGGAUAGGGUGGUGGCACCCAUUGCAACUCAUUUAUGUCACCUGGUGCUGCUGUGUGACAAAAUGGAUGAGCCCGAGCAAUUCAGCCAGCUGGAGGCAGCGGCUCAGGGAGUAGCUAAAGCCACUGAGAACAUGGCAGCAGUGGUCUCCAGACCCUUUAAUUUCAGGCUAAUUAGUAAUACAGAGGAUGAAGUUCUGCAUAUGGAGAUGUCGUCCCUGCUCGAGCCGUUCAGUGUGUCUGGGCACCACGUCCUGCUGGCAGCUCAGAAACUCAGCAUCCAGCCUAAUUUGCCCCAGCAUAGAGAGGAACUCAUCACCGUAACACAGAAUGUCUUCCUGGGACUUGUUAAAGUUCUUUUGGUGGAGGAUGGUGCAGCUGUGAGGAAAGUUCUGGCUGCGGCUGAUCUGGUUCUGGAGUCCCUCACUGAGCUCAGCUCCUCCUUGGAUAUUAGAUCUCUCCUCAAGUGUUUCCAAGACUUUUCUGAAACUUUGCUCACGCUCAAUGGGCUCACUGUGGACAGGGCCAAAUCCCUACAAGAUCCCAGACAAACAAAACAGCUUCUUGACUCCUUGGAAACACUGAAGAGGUGCAUCUCCAUGCUCCACACAGCAAUGUGCACCACCAUCAAACACCCUACAAGUGACCAGGCCCAAGCUGCCAAGAGGUUCAUUUUGGACAAGAUCCAAAGCACAGUUAGAGACAUCAGUGCAACUCUCAGGAAUGACAGCCACAGAGGACCACUGGGUCCAUAUGGGUACUAUACUGGGAGGCAUAACAGCCUAUUGCACCUACUUAAUAAUUUCUCUAGUGCACUAAUUAAGGACAGUAGCUUUGACAGCAUGGUGAGAGACAUUGUGUUCCACUCCAUGGUUGUAGCCAACUCUUCACGGAGAGAGUCUCAGCAAAGAAUAGUGAGCCAUUGCCGUCUCAUUCUGCAGUUCUGGUCCGACAUAAAACAGAUUUUAAAAUCCUCAGAAGAAAGUGAUGAUUCUGAACUGAGAUCUAAUAAGACCCGUCAUUUGUUAGUCCAACAAAUACAAAUGCUGGACAAAGCACUAAAAACUGCAGUUAUUCAUCACGUCUUGGAUAUGUUUCUUAUAAACUCCUGUACAGCCGACAAACUUUUAGGCACGAUAAGACAGGUCUUAACUGCAGAUGCUGGUGAAAUGAUGGAUCUGACGUUUCUCCAGCCAGUAGUUGAGGAUUUCAUAUCAUCCGCUGAUGGGAUAAUCCAAGUAGCAAACUUUGUCUCAGCAGGUGCAGUUGAUGCAAAGAGCUUGGAGAGUGUGGAGAACUCACAGGCAUGCCUCACAAGACUAAGAGCUCAGAUUGCCCCUCUUUCCCUUGAGCUGGAGGAUAAUUCAUGGGAAACCCUUCAAAAGCUUCAUGAUGUGUGCCUGAAAUGGGAGGAGGAGACAAGUCAGCUACAGGACACUCUAAGUGACGUGAUGGAUGUAAGAGAGUUCACAAGUCUCGCUAUCAGUGAGAUGGUUAAGGAGCGUCAUGAAUGUGAUGAAGCAUACAGAGAACAGAGCUAUAAACUGUUUGAUGAACAUGCUAAAAACCUAAUUUCUCACAUGAAGCUGGUGAUUCGGUCCACGAGAAGGCACCUAGACAGAAACAAUAACCCGAUCUACAGGAACGGCCUACUGGUCCUGCUCAAACAGGCUGAGUCCUCUCAAACCAAAGUGGGUGAGUCAGUCAGAGACAUGCUACGAGGCUCCACUCUAAAUGUGGAGAUGUAUUCCACAUUUACAAACAAUGCUUCAGCAACUAUUCAGCAUUUUAAGGUGCUCAGAGAAGGGCUGGAUGGACACCAGCACCCACAUCUCCUCAGUCCUCUGCGAGAGGUGGCACGCAAACAGGAAAUCUCACAGUCGUCUUUAUCCACUGAGAAUAUUGGUGGGAUGAGCUUGGAUCAUGUGGCAAGAGACCCUGACUCUCCUGUUUCUGAACUGAUGGGAAUGGAUUUUCUAACAAAACCCGACGAGCCUUCAGAAACUGUAGAAGCAGGUCAUAAAUACGACAGCAAUGAUUUAAAGAAGCCAGCUGUCCAAGAUGAGCCUAAACUGAUCCACACUGACCUUUUACCCCUUCUGUAUGAAGUUUUGACUGUGACUAAAGGAAAAGAUGUGUCCACCCUCAACCAGAUCUGCACUAGAGUUCUUGAGCUGUCAAACUGCUACACCCAGGCUGCGAGGGACGGGUCAGCAAUUGUCGACACCGUUGAUUCUCAGAUGUUGGAAAGCUUUAGAUCGGAAUUGGUGUCCCUGACGCCGCUGUUGGUCCAGACAGCGCAGGAGACGGCAAUGAGCUCAGCAAUGAGUGCAGAAGGUCUCUGCAAACACAGCGUGAAGUUCUCUGACCUCAUUAGGAACAUCCGAAAAGUUUUACUGCCUGUAGCUGGAAUGUGGUAUCAUGCUGCCUGUGCUGAACUGCAGAGGAACCUACAAGUUGCCAUACCCAGUGCUACGCAAAAUCUAAAUGAAGUAAUAAGUUUAUGCACUUGUGUGGUCCAGUUCCUUACAUCAUCUGAUUUGAAAUCAGCUGACUGUCAGGAAACAUUCAGGGUCUUGAACAGCAAGCUGAGCAAAGCUCAGAACAAUACAAAGUUUCUCAUAGAGCUUUCCUCGUCAUCUGAAAACCAGGUGGAUCAUCUUGAGGGACUCUGUAUCCUUUGGGGUCUCUCUGUACAGAUUUUACUAAAUUCUCUGGAUAAGAUUUUGGGCACAACAGCCACAAUUAACCAGCUGAACCUUCAGAAGCGACUAUCGGCUCUGUCGGAAAAUUCUGUAAGGAUUCAAGAGGCUGCAAGACUCACCAGCUUGAACUGCAAAAGUGCUUAUAAGUUGAAGCACCUGACGAGCUAUCAGGACAAGCUAAAAACACUGACCGAUGCUUAUCUUGAAGCUUCUGAAGAACUUGAAGCAAUGCCCAGUCUGACCCAUCUUGCAAAAUCAGAUUUCCUACAGAGACAACUCUUCAUUGAAAUUAGAGUGCUUUCUAAUCAGCUGGGCAAAAAGAAUAGGGACUUUGUCUCUGCUUUUCAAAAUAUUGUUGACAUUAUUCAUUCUGCUGCUGAACAUUUCACAGAUUCAGAACGUGCAGAAGAGACUAAGAAAGAAUUUGAAAACGCAGCACAGAAACUUGUUGACAACAUCCAAUCUGCAGCCAGAAGAGUGGAGGAUUGCUUGAACUAUAUUCGCGACCCACGGGCCCGCUCUAUCUUGAGAUCCAUCAACGAUCACCUGUGCUUUCAGAUUUCAGAAAUAAUUAGCAGGGCGAGGCUCAUGGUGGAGACUCAUUAUAUCUGUGACACCCUUAGUUUAGAUGUGCAGAUGCAGUGCUGGUCAGCAAAAGCUCAUUAUCUUGUCACUGAGAUCAUGAAACAAGAUGGGAUUCAACUUGAAGCUAAGGAGAGCAUCAGGGCUGGUUUACAGGGAAGAUCAUGCAAGGAUUUUAACAAAGAAUUGGCUAUGACGCCAUCUAGAGUCAGAGAAAUGGAAUUUCCUGACAGAAUGACACCACUGCAGAGAGGCAAUGUGGAAACAGUAGAUGCAGCAGAAACUAGUGUGAGCCUUGCAGCUGUACCAAACCAUGAACCCAAAGAGGAUAAAAAAGAAUUUGGAUCCACAUCUUCCGCUUACAGAGAAGGUUUUCCUCUGAGUUAUGCCUCCAUUUUUCUGAAUCAAAAAAGUGACAGCUGGGAUCCAAAGGACAACAAAAUAGUCCAGGUGAUGAGAAAGAUGGCUGACACAAUAAGUCACAUGACGCAGUACUUAAAGAAGAAAGGCCCGAUUCUGAACAAAGAUGCGUUUGUUAGUGCAGCCAAAGAUGUGAUCUCAAACUGUCAGACAGUAACUCAGUUUAUCAGAGUUAUUGCCAACCUCAGCCUGGACAAACAGUGCACGGUUGAACUUUCUCUCAUUAUCGAACAGAUUCUGACCAUCACUAAUCAGCUCAACAUCAUCUCCGGUGUGAACGCUGUAACACCUGGUUGCAAAUCAUCUGAUGAGAUCCUGGUAAAGAACGCACAAAAUCUUCUUCAGACUCUUCUGCGAGGGGUCCACGCUGCAGAAACGGCCUGCAUCACGGGUCUGAAGCAGCCGGAGCCAAACUCAGACGGCGCAGAGGCCACAGCCUUGUGCUUCCAGUGGAAGAAAAACUUGGAGAUCUAUCGAGCCCAGCAGACUACUAACCCAGAAACUGAUGAUCUUGGUUUAAGAAAAACAUCAUCAUACACUUCAGCUCCUAGUCUUGCCCCCCAGGUUAAUGUAAAGGCUACAUUCAAGUAAACAGUUCUGCACUUUUAAAACAAAUAGAUGUACUGUGGUCACACUCAUUGACCUAUAUCAGUGUACAUAACGUAAUCAGGAUGAACUCUGUCCUUCCCAUUAAACAAUCUUGAUAACAAA